AGGCCUCACAAUGUCAAAAUAGAUAGACAGAAUGUCUCGAGAUGAAAAACCAUAAGUACCUAUCACAGGCAGAACUGAACUUGAUGCACUAAUCACUAACUCAGAGAGAGAGAAUGGUAUUCUUCUUGAUCAAUCUUUUUCUAAAAAGAUUCAAGGACCCAUUACUACUUUAGCUUAGUUAAAUCCAGCUUAGAACUCUCAUAGUGGAUCUGAAUUUUCUCAUCAAUCAUUCUACAGUGAUGAAGAACCCUGGAAUAUUGACUAUAUUACUAAUAAUCUUGAAUCUUUAGAACAAGAUUUGAAUUGGAAAAACUUGUCUGAUGUCGUUAUCGAUCUAAAAUCAUUGUUUGAACACAUCCGAUUAUUGAUCAUUAAGAAUAUUAACAAGAAAUAGUUUUUAUACAAAUACAAUGUCCUAGCAUUGCGUUGUUUAUAUAUCUUAGGAAAUGCUAUGAAAAUUCAAGGCAAUUACUAACAUGCAAUUUUAUAUUAUGAAAAUUGUUUAAGUAAGUUUACGAUUAAUGAACCAACUUUUAAAGGCAAACUCUUAAUAGAGGCUGGUAAAGUAUGUUUCAUUUCAAAAUACUUUUAGAAAUGUUAAUAAUACUAUUAUGAUGCAUUAUUGCAUUAUGAAUAACUUAAUUGGCGUCUUGAUAUUGCAUAUGUUCUAACAUUACUAUCAAGAUUAAAUGGAUGGUUGAGUAAUUAUGUGCAAUAAUUUAAGAAAAUCCGGAUGUAGCCACUAAGUUGUGUUAUGAAAGCUUAGCUAUAUAUCGAGAUUAUCUGCCUGAAGAGGAUGAAUGUAUUGCUGAUACAUAUUUCAUCUUAGCUGAAUUAGCAUAUCUUCGAAAAGAUUAUGAUGCUGCAUUUUAAUUUGCUGAACAAUCUAUUUCAAUUUAUGAAUUAAAUAGCAAUAAGGAUACAAGUAAUAACAAAGAAUCAAGUGGUAGUUGCAAUGACUUUAAACCCUAAUUGUCUCCUGUUUACAAUUUAUUAGGAAUAUUACAUGCUAAUACUAAUGAUUAUAAAUUAGCACAAAAGUAUUUCCAUAAUGCUUAUCUAUGUGUAAAGUCGGAUUCACUUAAAAAAGCAUAAAUACUCAUGAAUUGGGGGAUAAUGUAAGCAUUAGAAUGCAAUACUGAAUUGGCAUAAAAAGGAAUUUUGAAGGCUAAACAAAUAUCCUCAGUAUUCUUAAACAAAAGUGAUCUGUCCUUAAGAUUAGAAAGAAACUAUUAAGAAUUAAUAUAAUGA